AUGUCAAUCCCGCGUCGAGCGCGUCGCUGGCCCGCGCACGAGAGCAUCCUCGCAGUCACCGCCAACCCGCACCAACUCGAAAAGAACUACCUCGCCGCCGUCAACAUGGGCAAGACCGCCACCACCAAGACCAAAGAGCCCAAAGAGCUGUCCGAACAGCAGUCGCUCUGGCAGGACUUCAGGAAGAGGAGGACGGAGGAGCUGAAGAAGGCGGACCCGGACCAGAAGUCGCCCGAGAACCCCAAGCACGAGUGA